AUGACAGUUUCACUCUCUUCACACAUCAUCAUCAUCACUGCCUUCAUAUUCCUGUUUUUAACAGUUGUCGACGGCCUCGGCUCUUCGUCGACGGCUGCGGUCGUCUACGGAAACCGUGCCGUAUGUGGCAUUGUUGCCGGUGAGCCCACACAGAGGAUACAAUGCUACCAAAACAACCAAAUCAUCUCAGUUCAGCCCAAAGUUUCCUUCCAAGGAAUCUCCGGCGGCAGCAGCUUCUUCUGUGGCCUCAGGCGCGGCGGCUUCAGCCUGCUCUGCUGGGACACCGGCUCAUCGAGCUCCAGUUUUCGACCGAAGCGCAUUUACUACAGCGACACCGUCGGUUUGACUGAUCUGACGGUGGGCGAUGAUCACGUUUGCGCGAGAGAGGUCGACACCGGCGUUGUUAGGUGCUGGAGAGGAAGAAAAUCUGAUCAUGAUGGUGAUCUGUUUGCUUCGCCUGGGGAAGCGUUGAAGUUUAGUAAGAUUUCAUGUGGGAAUGGUUUUGCGUGUGGGGUUUUGAAGUAUGGUAGCAGAGUCAAGUGUUGGGGUAAUAGAAGAGUUGAUGUUCAAAAUGAGAUUCAGUCUGGGUUUGGAAAUCUGUCCAUGUCAAGCUUAGUCGCUGGAGAGUCUCACGCUUGUGGGUUGACCACAAAUGGCAGUUUAGUCUGCAAAGGGAACAACGAUUCCGGGCAAUUAGACGUGCCUAAUUAUUCAAGUUCUUCAGCUUAUAACGAGUUUUCUAGUCUUGCAUUAGGUGCAAGUUUCACUUGCGCAAUUAGGAGAAGGAAUGGAUUGGUUUCAUGCUGGGGAGACAAAAAGAGAUUUCAAUCCUAUGUUGAUGUUAUUGGCAAUGUGUCAUUUGAGUUUAUCGUCGCGGGAUUGGAUUUCGCAUGCGGGUUGAUAACGAGUAAUCUAUCUUUGACUUGUUGGGGACCCGGGUGGUCUAACGCCAAUAAAAGUUAUGAUCAUGAUCUUCCAAUUGGAAUGGUCAUUCCUGGCCCGUGCGUUGAAUAUUCAUGCGGUACUUGCGGCAUUUACCCUGAUUCGGAGACUCUUUGCCAUGGUUCGGGACAUAUUUGCAAAUUGUGCCAAAUUGAGCAACCAUUUGCUGCUCCACUCCCUCCAACAGAUGACAGUACUACUCCGUCUCCAUUGCAACCUGCUUCUCGGGCGUCAACAACCAAGAGGAGGCUUUUAAUGGCAUUUGUGAUUGUUGGAUUAGUAGGUUGUUUCAUAGGCUUUUGGAGCAUUGGCUUUUUUCUAUGGACUCGUUUUUCGAGCAAGGCAAUUGAACCCAACACUGCUCCGGAGCCUAAUUUAGAUGCCGAUGUCAAGAAUGCGUUAAGUUCUUCCACCGAGCCAAAUUUUCGAACAGUUGGUCGGCAAAGAAGCGGGUCCUCCAAACCCGAGACAUUCUCGUUGUCGGUACUCGCCACUGCGACUAACAACUUCUCGCUGGAGAACAAGAUUGGCUUCGGAAGCUUUGGGGUCGUCUACAGAGGCAAACUCGACGACGGCCGAGAAGUCGCCAUAAAAAGAGGACAACUACAAACCAUCUUUCAGGAGAAAGAAAGCGCUUUCGACUCAGAACUCGCUCUGUUGUCUCGGCUUCACCACAAGCAUUUGGUGUCGUUGGUGGGUUUCUGCGAGGAAAACGACGAGAGGCUCCUUGUCUACGACUACAUGAUCAACGGCUCUCUUCACAGCCACUUGCACGACAAGAACAACAUCAGUACUAUCUUGAGUUCUUGGACAAUGAGGAUCAAAAUAGCGUUGGAUGCAGCGAGAGGAAUUGAGUAUCUCCACAACUACGCGGUUCCGCCGAUAAUUCAUCGCGACAUAAAGUCGUCGAACAUACUUUUGGACGCGUCCUGGACGGCCAAAGUCUCCGAUUUCGGGUUGUCAUUAGUCGGUCCUGAAUUAGGCCAACGUGGGAAAUAUGUCACGGCCAAAGCGGUCGGUACAGUCGGUUACAUAGACCCGGAGUACUAUGUCUUGAACGUUUUGACUACAAAGAGUGAUGUGUAUGGGCUUGGUGUGGUGAUGUUGGAGCUUUUGACGGGGAAGAGGGCGGUGUUCAAGUGUGAAGAGGACGACGGUAUUGGCGUGACUAGCGUCGUCGAGUACGCGGGGCGGUACUUAUUAUCGGAACGGGGCGAGGUGGUGAAGAUGGUUCUAGAUAAGAGGGUAGGCUUGCCGGAGGCGAAUGAGGCUGAGGCUGUUGAAGUUUUGGCUCACACUGCUAUGAGUUGUGUGAGCCUUGAAGGGAAGGAAAGGCCCGGUAUGGCAGAUAUCGUGGCCAACUUGGAGAGUGCUUUCUUGCUUUGCCAGGACAACUCUGGUUGCUAG